AUGCGCUUCUGGUGGCCGGACUGGCACUCCGAGCGCUCGCCGUCCAGCGACAGCGAGUGCUCGACGGACGACCACUCCAGUCUCGCCAGCGACGGGUCGUUCUACGACGCGUCGUCUGAUGCGGAGACUGGGGUGGAUUUUGACCAAUCGCCGUCCUCCAUCCUCGAUGACACGCAACUCGUCAUCGGGGAUAGGACGGCUGUAAAUCUGAUGCGCCCGUUCCCGGAACGUUCCGCAGUCCCUUCCCCACUUGAAGUGGGACCAUACGGGAUGGGACGAGCCGACGUGGGACAGGCGCAUCCAGGGAUUUUUGGCGCCCCCGUUUUCGGCCCCGCCGAUGGCGAGAAUGGGCCGCGGACGCCGCCACGCGCGACACCGCCCCGCGGCGGUGACGCGGAGUUGGACGCCGCCACUUCGGGCACGUGUUCGGAACACGCCUCGCCCUUGGCCCUGCAAAUGCCUGCGCGCGGCGACGUCUCUGGCGCGCGCGCGAAAGCCCGGUCUCCGGUCCCGACAUUGGGUACCGUCGAAGACCGGGGAGAGGCCCGGCGACACCCCGUUGGUACCGGUGAAGGUACCUUCGGCCCUAUACUUGGCUUAAGUAUAGGAGUCGCCGUGGCUUCUCGAAACGCGCAACAACACGCGCGGAUGGCCACGGAUCAAGAUGGCGCAGCGUGCGUCGGCCCGUUCGGGGCCUCAAGCACACCGCUCGCCGCCUCCUCCGCGCGCCGUUUGGCUUCCCCCGCCUCGCCGGACGCUCCCGCCGCUGCCGUGGCCUCGCAGGAUGAAGAUGCGAUUGUUGGCAUACCCGGCAGGGCGGGCGUUACGCUGCCCGACCGGGUAUCGCCGACACACGGACAAGGACUGCAGAGCGACGGCUCCCCGGGCGCAAGCAUGCGGCGCCCGGGUACCAAGACGUGCACCAAGGGCAUCUACUGUAAGAAGCGGGAGUUAAGUAAAGUAAAUGACUUGUAUAUUACCGCGCACCAGACACGUUUCGGCCCCCCGCCGGGGGCCUCAUCAGUGGUUUGUCAAUCUACAAGUGAGAACUAUCCAUACGUCUAG